AUGGUCCCAAGCAGCAGUGGAAAGACACUGCAGAGAUAUGACACGUGUGAAAAUAGGCUGGAGUAUUUUAUUAAACCUCUAAGAAGAGAACCAGAGACUUCACAUGGUGCGGCUGGAACUGGAGGAUGUGGAGAAGCAGAUCCGCGGCCUACUCGACAAGCAGGCCCAGCAUCUUGUGCCUCUGCCCACAUAUCCAAGGUAAGCACACAGCGUGGUAUUUCCACUCCCAGCCCCUCUACGCCGUGUGUUUCUCUGUGUAGGGACCGUGCACCUAGGACUUUCCCAGCCGUGGUCUCCGUCACGCCGGCGCCAACACACCUCGGGCCUUGGGUGAACCAGCGGCGGAAGGCGCGGGCUGGACCCUCUCCACCUCCGGUGUUCGAGAUUCCAACCAGGAACCGCUUCGCCCCUCUCCGCCAGACCAGACCCAACGCUGUGAUCGUCGGGGACUCCAUUGUGCGGAACGUCCGUGUAGCCUCAUCUAAAGGUAAGGUGCGCACACACUGUUUUUCUGGUGCUUGUGUCCUUGAUGUCGCUGCGCAGGUAUCCGGGAUCCUGAAGAAGGACGAGCGCAUUGGAGCGGUUGUGCUGCACGCGGGGACGAACGACACCAGGCUGCGGCAGACGGAGGUUCUGAAGAGGGACUUCUCCAGCCUGAUCGAGACGGUACGAGGCAGAUCACCCACCGCGAAGAUCAUCGUCUCUGGACCUCUUCCCACAUACAGACGUGGAGCAGAAAAGUUGUUUCGUCCUGAUGGCCUGCACCCCAGCAGCCUUGGAGCGGAACUGCUAUCAGACAACAUUUCCAAGGCGCUACACUCCAAGUGACUGCCUAGCCCCCACACGAAUUUAUGGAGAUACUAGAGAUCCAGAUCCUUUCUGCCUCUGGAUGGAGCUCAAAUCUUCUUUAAUUCCAGACUGCUGGGACUACGGCUGCUCCUAAGGCCAUACAGACUUCAUAUAAAUCCAUAAUGAACUUUUUCACACUAUCUGUUGUUACCCAGAUGAAAAUGGGUUCCCUUCUGAGUCGGGUUCCUCUCAAGGUUUCUUCCUCUUAAAACAUCUUAGGGAGUUUUUCCUUGCCACCGUCGCCACUCAGUGGCUUGCUCAGUUGGGAUAAAUUCGCACCUUUAAUAUCUGUAUACCAUGUUGAUAUUUCUGUAAAGCUGCUUUGAGACAAUGUCUAUUGUAAAAAGCGCUAUACAAAUAAAAUUGAAUUGAAUUGAAUU